GCCCGACGACGGCGCAGGACACUCGGACUUCAUUUCCCGUCGACCCUCGGAGGCAGUGCCGGAAGCUCGCCCCGCCCCUCAUUGUGCGGCUCAUACUAAACGGAAGGGGCCGAGAGGGGCCGCGUUCAGUCGGCUCCCGGCAGCAGCUGCAGCGGCUCUUGUUUUCUCUGGCUCUCCUCGCCAUCUCCCUUUCGCUUCCGGAGAUAUGGCCUCUGGUGUGGCUGUCUCUGAUGGCGUCAUCAAGGUGUUCAACGACAUGAAGGUGCGCAAGUCAUCAACACCAGAGGAGGUGAAGAAGCGCAAGAAGGCAGUACUCUUCUGCCUGAGUGAGGACAAGAAGAACAUCAUCCUGGAGGAGGGCAAGGAGAUCCUCGUAGGUGACGUGGGCCAGACUGUCGACGACCCCUACACCACCUUUGUCAAGAUGCUGCCAGAUAAAGACUGCCGCUAUGCCCUCUAUGAUGCGACCUAUGAGACCAAGGAGAGCAAGAAGGAAGACCUGGUGUUCAUCUUCUGGGCCCCUGAGUGUGCACCCCUUAAGAGCAAAAUGAUCUAUGCCAGCUCCAAGGAUGCCAUCAAGAAGAAACUGACAGGGAUCAAGCAUGAAUUACAAGCAAACUGCUACGAGGAGGUCAAGGACCGCUGCACCCUGGCAGAGAAGCUGGGAGGCAGUGCCGUCAUCUCCCUGGAGGGCAAACCUUUGUGAGCCCCUUCCAGUCCCCUGCCUGGAGCAUCUGGCAGCCCCAUACCUGCCCUUGGGGGUUGCAGGCUGCCCCCUUCCUGCCAGACCGGAGGGGCUGGGGGGCCCAGCAGGGGAAGGGCGAUCCCUUC